AUAAUAAUAAUAAUUCAUAUUGAUUAUUGAGCAGUACUCUGAAACUGAAUAUCCAAACACAAAGGCGCUUCAAUAGCUCCUCUCUCUCUCUCUAUCUAUUGGAGACUAGGGUUUUUCUGACCACCAGGAAUCAAAAGCUUCAAACUUUGCAGUUAUGGGUGAAAGUGGUAAGCGAGGUCGUUCACAGAGAGACCACUAUGAGAGUGAAAACAAGAACCAAAGAAGACGUGGGAAUGAGAAAGACGAAAGGGGCAAUGAUGAAUUGAUCGUUUACAGGAUUCUAUGCCCUGAUGGUGUCAUUGGAAGUGUCAUUGGUAAGAGUGGUAAAGUCAUUAAUUCGAUAAGGCAAGAAAGUAGAGCAAAGAUCAAGGUGGUUGACCCUUUCCCGGGUUCCCAUUAUCGGGUUUUGACCAUUUAUUCCUAUGUUAAGGAGAAGGAAGAUGUCGAGCUUGAAGACGAGUUUAAUGAAAGGCGGCCUCUCUGUGCUGCUCAGGAUGCCCUUCUUAGAGUUCAAGCCGCCAUUGCGAAUGCAGUGUCUUCAGUUGGAGAUUCUGAGAAGAAAAGGAGAGAUAGAGAUAAGGAUAAGGAUAAGGAUAAGGAUAAAGAAGAAUGCCAAGUUCUUGUCCCUGCUAGCCAAUCUGCUAAUAUAAUUGGUAAGGCUGGGGCAACAAUUAAGAAGCUUAGAAGCAAGACUAGGACGAGCAUUAAGGUUAACCCCAAGGAUGGUACUGACCCAGCACAUUCAUGUGCUAUGGAAUUUGACAAUUUUGUUCAGAUAACUGGUGAAUCAGAUGCAGUGAGAAAAGCAUUGUUUGCAAUUUCUGCAAUUAUGUAUAAAUUUCCUCCUAAGGAAGAUAUACCACUUGAGACAAAUGUACCGGAAGCUCCACCGAGCAUAAUUAUUCCAUCAGAUGUCCCAAUUUAUCCACCAAGUGGGCUAUACCCAAGUGCAGACUCUAUUUUGCCUUCUAGACAGAUUCCUUCAAUCUUAGGUGCUACACAUUUACAGGAUAUUCAGGGUUAUGCUGACACUGGAAAUACAUGGUCUCUUUAUUCAUCUGCUCUUCCUGUAGUGCCUAGUUAUAGUGCCGCCACUCGUUCUGAGGAGUUAACUAUUAGGGUGUUGUGUCCUUCUGACAAGAUUGGGCGUGUGAUUGGCAAGGGUGGUGGUACUAUUAAAAGUAUAAGGCAGGCUAGUGGUGCUCGUGUUGAGGUUGAUGACACCAAGGAUGAUCGUCAUGAGUGUAUCAUCACUAUCACAUCAACUGAGUCAGAAGAUGACAUGAAGUCUAUGGCAGUUGAAGCUGUUUUAUUGCUUCAAGGAAAGGUAAAUGAUGAAGAUGAUGACACAGCGAACAUGCGACUGCUUGUUCCAUCUAAAGUUAUUGGUUGUAUCAUUGGAAAAAGUGGUUCCAUCAUUAAUGAAAUUCGUAAGAGGACAAAAGCUGAAGUUCGUAUCUCAAAAAGUGAGAAGCCAAGGUGUGCUGAUAUCAACGAUGAGCUUGUUGAGAUGUCGGGAGAAGUUGGUAAUGUAAAAGAUGCACUUGUUCAGAUUGUUUUACGGCUCCGAGAUGAUGUAUUAAAAGACAGAAAUACUUCUCGUAAUCCUUCUUCUGGUAAUGAAGCAUUAUACUCAAGUGGCACUAGCCUGUCAAUGUCAUCAAUGUUGCCUUCUGUUCCCCCAGUUGCUCCUUUGAGUAGUUAUGAUCAGAGGACUGAGAGUGGAAGUGGCUUGGGCUUGAUCUCAUCAAGCGGCCUCUAUGGAUAUGGAUCUUUACCGAUGGGAGAAAAUGGCUACGGUGGAUCAAUGUCGUCCUAUUCAUCCAAGAUGUAUGGAGGGUUGACACCCCCUUCAACACUUGAGAUGUUGAUACCUGCUAGUGCAGUGGGUAAGGUCAUGGGAAGAGGAGGAGCAAAUUUAGCCAACAUUAAGAAGAUUUCUGGAGCAGCAGUUGAAAUUUCUGAGUCCAAAUCCUCUCGGGGAGAUCGAAUUGCUCUUAUUUCUGGAACAGCUGAUCAAAAGCACACAGCGGAGAGCUUGAUUCAGGCAUUUAUGAUGUCCACUUAACUUCUAAGGAUACCUCUUGGUGUUUGAAGGUGAAUGGUUAUAUAUUGGUUGGUUCUCAUUUUCGUUUCCUGUAUCUAUCUCCUAUAGGUUUCGGUUUCAGGUGAGCUAAUCUUUAGGUGUAUUUACCAGUAACCAUCAAGAUUGUGAAGGAGGAUCGAUGCUUUUAAGGGGUGUAUAGGGUUUCUUUCUUUCUUUUAUCGCUGUCUGCAACAUCGCCAAACUUUUUAGGAACCUGAUAGGUUCUUUCUUUCCGUCAGUAUAUGGUUUUAAGACCUUUUGUUGUCUAGUGUAGGCCCCAUCUGAUUUCCAAUGCUAGCAUACUCUGAAUUUGAUGUUCUCGCCGGAAAACUUAUUCACUAGUGAUCAUAAUUUAUCAAUCUUAUUAUAUGUGUGCUA